AUGGAUAUACCGUCUAUAAAGGACAUAGUUUUUCUGCAUAAUUUGCAUAAGCGGAAGUCUUUGAACGAGAUCGAGUUCGUGGACUUCAUCCCGCACAGGGAUCCGAUGAGGGACACGAUCAACACAAUCAUCGAGAGGAAGAAUUUCGACCUCCACCUUGAUGCGAUCCACGCAGAUGAACUGACAAGCCAGUCGACCCGAAAACAUCCCCAAACGACGAUCGACAAACUUCCAGAAAAGGUCCUCCUGAACAUUUUCCAGUAUCUUCCGUCCCGAGAAGUGGGUCGCUUAGCGAAAGUUUGCCGUAAGUGGAGACAAGUUUCCUGUGAUCCACGGCUCUGGUCACAGGUGUCCCUCAGGCCUGAGAUUUCCGGUCUACACAUCAAAAACGUCGAGACCCUUCUGCAACUCAUUUCCGUCAGAUUCUCGACGUCUCUUAGAUACAUCGAACUUCCAAUCGAGCUGAUCACCCACACGGUGCUCCACGAGCUGAGCUAUAAAUGUCCGAAUCUCACACAUAUGCUGCUGGACUUCAGUACAGCGAUGCAACUCCAUGAUUUCAACGACCUCAAUGCGUUCCCCACGAAGCUCCAAGUCAUGUGUAUCUGUCUCUCUGAGGUCAUUUUCAUGGAAGGAUUCAUGCGGAAAAUAUACAAUUUCAUCAAUAGCCUAGAAGUACUGCACUUGAUCGGCACCUACGAGAAAGUCGAAGAGGAGGAGGAAGAAAUCUAUGAAGUCAUAAAUAUCCAUAAACUGAAGUCGGCAGUACCAAACCUCCGCUGCGUGAACAUGUACGGGAUCGCUUUCGUGGACGACUCGCACGUUGAAGCUUUCUCGUCCAACUGCAUCCAGUUGGAAACGAUGGCUGUUCCAUACUGUAAUAAGGUUGUCGGCACUACGCUCAAGAUUCUGUUCUCCCGUUGCAAGAAACUCAAAACACUUAUCGCUCCGCACACCGGUUUAAAGUCCGAGAACUUCAUGGCAGUAGACUGGGAGGCAACGAACCUGCAAGAAGUCGAUGUCAGCGCCACCGAUCUUUCCACAGAAUGUCUCAUCGAUUUGGUUACUCGCUGUACGAAUCUGCGGUAUCUCGCAGCCGGUCAGCAGGACGGCUUCAACGAUUUAGUGCUCAAUAGCAUGAUCGAGAAAGGAACCUACAAGAACCUGAUCGCCUUGGACCUGGAUAGAAACGAGAAUAUCUCUGAAGAAAUGUUGACGAAAAUCGUCCGUCUAAUAGGACCUCAACUGCAAGGUCUAGUGCUUUCAGGGAUUCCUCAUCUCUGCGAAGGUUUCUGGUCUCAGACCAUACCUAUCAUCAGGAAGAUCAAAGUCCUGGUCAUGGGAAUGCCGACCGGUUGCUGCAAGAAAAUCAGUGCGAAAAUCCAUGUCGAUGGUAUUCUCGACAAUCUCGCUAAUAACUGCCCUGAUCUACGUCGUCUCGAAAUCGGCUGGGAUUCCGAAACGCUACGUUUCAGUGACAAGAGCUCUAAAGCGAUUGAUACGAUUAGAGUCAAGUGCCUCAGAUUGCGCUGCCUGGUAUUGAGUGACGGGAAAUAUUUCGAGUUGGUGAAGUCGAACUUCGACAGAGCCGACCGACUCACGCUCGUGAGAUCAGCCACAAGCUGCCGAAUCAAUCUUUUCUACCUACUCUCGAGUUACAAAGACAUGAUAUUCAAUUGA